GCCCCCAACUGGUGGUGGGCGGGGACGGUCCGGGAGCUGCGGCUAGCAGCUGUGUUAAGGGGGUAUUUUUCCUUGUUUCCGUAAGUGCUGCCGCUUCGGGCAUCUUGAGGUUUAACAGUGGGGUCCCUCAGCUGUGUCACUGAGAAGCUGGGCAGGGUUGGUGGGCUUACUUUGCUGUAAGAACCUGAAGUGGGCUUCAUCCUGUAGUAACAGUUGGAGCUGCUGUGGGGAGAGGUCCCGAGGUAGUGACUGAAAGGUUUUACUUGUUCUUUUACGUAUGAGAACAAUCUUUGGCUUCCUGCUGGAAGUAUAUAACGAAGUGCCAUUACUAUAAUAACCACAGGACGUCAGCUGUUGUGGGAUGUGAUGUGAUACUGCCUGACUCAGCACCCUGCCUGCCCUCAGAGGUGGUUCAUGGAAGCUGAGCUUGGAGAAGGCACUGCAUAUGGUACAGACCUCCACUCAGUGUUGUGGCUGUUUGGAGGUCUUAAAGGUUUUCCUCCUUCUUAGUGAUUGGGUGAGGGUUUCAGAUACAGCAGCUUGCAAAUGCUCUGCAGAACCACAUAUGGCUGUGAAAGGGCAAGUGAGGCCUGGAGGUGGUGGGAGGUGGAUGUACCUUUGCAGAGGCAGUGAAGCAUUGUUGCCGAAGAGUGAGUUUCUUGGUCUGACUGAGGAACCUUGAAGGUGCAAUUUUGGGAUGCUGGGAGGAGAAACGCUCUGCACUGAUACCUGAGAGCUACCUCAGGAAGGUGCCAAAGAAGCAGUGCCUUGUAGCGCCCAUAAGCUCUGGCUGCAUAGAAUGGCAGUGGAGGGCAAGAGAUGGUCAAGGCAAAAAUUGCAGAAGGCAUGAGCUAUAUUUAAUUUCUGUGGCGCAAAGCCAAAAGUGAGUCAGAGUUCUGCUGUCCUGGCACUGGUAGGAGGAAGAUUCACUUUGGGCAGUGAAGGGAUUAAUACUUGAACCUGCCUGGUUGGGAUUUUGAGAGGAAAGGGCAAAGUUCGUUGGCAUCUUCGGACCCUGAAGAGAGUGAAUAAGGCAUGAUGGAAGAUCUUAGACAAUCGUUGAUAAGAAAGGAAAGAUUUUGGAAUGAUGUUUCCAACAUGUCUGUGCAGUCGCUGCUUUGUGAAAGAAUUGUCGUUGCCAAAGAACUGAUCAAGAGAGCAGAAGCCCUUUCCAAGUUCCAGAAAAGAAAAAUAGAAGGUGGGGCAAAACUAUGUGGCAAACUGAAGGCUGAGUUGAACUUCUUACACAAAGUGGAGUCAGGGAAGGUGGUCAUUAAAGAAUCCCAUCUGCAGAGUACAAACCUCACCCAUCUCCAAGCCAUUAUCCAGUCAGCAGAGAACCUGGAGGAUGUUGUCAGUGUCCUCCAAGUCUUUUCUUAUGAGGACAGGUUUGGAAACAGACAGACACUGGUGGUAGAUGUUGUAGCAAAUGGAGGUCACACGUGGGUGAAGGCCAUUGGUCGGAAGGCUGAAGCCCUGCAUAAUAUCUGGCUGGGGAGGGGCCAGUAUGGUGACAAAAGUAUCAUUGAGCAAGCAGAGGACUUUCUGCAGGCAAGCUGUCAACAGCCAGUGGAGUACAGCAAUCCCCACAUAAUAUUUGCCUUCUACAACAGCGUGUCCAGUCCUAUGGCAGAGAGACUUAAGGAGAUGGGGAUAUCUGUGCGAGGAGAUGUUGUUGCAGUGAGCUCGCUAGUAGAACCAUCUGUGGAAAACCAGCACCUAAGUGCCAGUGAAUCGGAUGAAGAAGGCCUUGAAUUGCAGGUCACCAGAGUAGAUCGGGAGAAUUUAGUGACCAGCAUUGCUUUUCCUUCACAGAUCAAAGUAAAUGUGUGCAAUAGAGUGAACUUGGACAUCACUACAUUAAUAACCUAUGUCUCUGCUCUGAAUUAUGGUGGCUGCUACUUCCUCUUCAAAGAAAAAGUGCUAACAGAGCAAGCAGCUCAAGAAAGGAGGGAGAGGGUCCUGCCUCAGCUGGAGGAGUUCAUGGAGGGGAAGGAGCUCUUUGCAUGUGAAUCUGCUGUCAGAGAUUUUCAGUCAAUCCUGGAAACACUGGGAGGGCCUGGGGAGAAAAAGCGAGCUGCAUUGCUUGUUAAAAGAAUCAGUGUAGUCCCAGAUCAACCAUCUGACCGUGCCUUACGACUAGUUGCUAGUUCAAAAAUCAACAGCCGUUCUCUAACCAUUUUUGGGACAGGAGACACUUUAAAAGCCAUCACCAUGACUGCAAAUAGUGGUUUUGUGAGGGCAGCUGCUAACCAGGGUGUCAAGUUCAGUGUUUUUGUUCAUCAGCCGAGAGCACUGACAGAAAGCAAAGAAUCUGUUGCCACACCUUUACCAAAGAGCUGCCUACAUGAUAAUGGAUUGUAAUUUGUUAAAGGAAUUAAUCUUUUAAUAUUGCUGAUCUUUCACUGGAAACAUUUGGAGAAACAAGAGAGUCAUAGCAAUACAUUUUCUGGUUGUGUAACAGUGAGAACAGUAACUGGAGCAAUGGAAGGGUUCCCCAGGAGACUCGUAUUGUCUUCAUUCAGUUUUUGUUUUUUGUUCAACUGCUAAUUUAUUCACUACAGUAAUAAGAUUUCUUUGAAAAUUCUUAGCUGUUUCAGUAUAUUAAUUGUAUCCAUCCCUAUUAAAACAUUCAGUUACAGCA